AAAGUUGGAACACAGAGUAGGAGAGAGAGAGAAAAGGGAACACUAGCUGUGCGGAAGGCUCUCUCUCCCCUCCUUUCUCAUUCUCUUCCUGCGGUCGCCAACAGAGAAAGCGAAGGACAUACACACACCCACACUCUCUCUCUCUCUCUAUCUCUACAUUAUUCGCAAUGAUUUCAUUGAAGGCAGGCAGUUUUCUGCAGAACAACUCCACGAGUUUUUCUGGUAUCUCUAGCUUCUCUCAUUCGCAGAGAAAAGUCUCAGCCCCAGUUGUGGUGGCUCUCAACUCUAACGGUCGGGGAGGAGAGAGGAAGUUCAAGGCUUUAAUGGAGAGCACUCUGAAGGAGAUAAGAGAAGGUGCCUCGGCGCUGGACAUGGAUCCCAAACCUAACCCUGGCGCCGGAGUCGAAGACGUCUACGGUGAGGAUCGCGCUACGGAGGAUCAGCCUGUCACCCCUUGGACUACUUCAGUUGCUAGUGGGUAUUCUCUUCUGAGGGACCCACACCACAACAAGGGACUUGCCUUCACUGACAAGGAGAGAGAUGCCCACUACGUGCGAGGUCUUCUACCCCCAGCAGUAGUUACUCAAGAGCUUCAGGAGAAGAAAUUGAUGCACAAUCUCCGUCAGUAUCAGGUUCCGCUGCAAAGAUACAUGGCCUUGAUGGAUCUGCAGGAGAGGAAUCAGAGGCUGUUUUACAAGCUCCUUAUUGAUAAUGUUGAGGAAUUGCUCCCAGUUGUAUACACCCCAACUGUUGGUGAAGCUUGCCAAAAAUAUGGCAGUAUAUUCAGGCGUCCUCAGGGUCUUUAUAUUAGUCUGAAAGAGAAGGGAAAGAUUCUUGAGGUAUUAAAGAACUGGCCUGAGAAGAAAAUCCAAGUUAUUGUUGUCACUGAUGGUGAGCGGAUUUUGGGGCUUGGGGACCUUGGCUGUCAGGGAAUGGGAAUUCCUGUAGGAAAACUUGCUUUAUAUACAGCGCUUGGGGGUGUUCGUCCUUCUUCGUGUUUGCCUGUAACUAUUGAUGUUGGGACAAACAAUGAGGAGUUGUUAAAGGAUGAAUUCUAUAUUGGAAUCAGACAAAAGAGGGCAACUGGCCAGGAAUAUUCUGAACUUCUACAUGAAUUCAUGUGUGCUGUUAAGCAGAACUAUGGAGAAAAGGUCCUCAUACAGUUUGAAGAUUUUGCAAAUCACAAUGCCUUUGAGCUGCUUGCAAAAUACAGAGCGUCCCAUCUUGUCUUCAAUGAUGACAUUCAGGGGACAGCUUCUGUGGUACUGGCAGGGGUUGUUGCAGCAUUGAAAUUAGUUGGUGGAACCUUAGCUGAGCACACAUUCUUGUUCCUUGGUGCUGGAGAGGCUGGGACUGGUAUAGCAGAACUCAUAGCUCUUGAAAUGUCAAAACAGACAAAAGCUCCAAUUGAAGAGACACGGAAGAAGAUUUGGCUUGUGGACUCGAAGGGAUUGAUAGUUAGCUCCCGUAUGGAGUCACUUCAACACUUCAAGAAGCCUUGGGCUCAUGAGCAUGAACCUCUUAAGACACUAUUAGAUGCUGUAAAGGCAAUCAAGCCAACUGUAUUGAUUGGAUCAUCUGGAGUAGGGAAGACAUUCACAAAGGAGGUGGUUGAGGCUAUGGCUUCCUUUAAUGAGAGACCUGUAAUUUUUGCUCUCUCAAACCCAACUUCACAAUCCGAGUGUACAGCUGAGCAAGCUUACACGUGGAGUAAGGGUCGGGCAAUUUUUGCUAGUGGGAGUCCAUUUGACCCUGUUGAAUGCAAUGGGAAAGUUUUCGUACCUGGCCAGGCAAACAAUGCUUACAUUUUCCCUGGAUUUGGUCUUGGUUUGGUAAUAUCUGGUGCAAUUCGUGUACAUGAUGACAUGCUUCUGGCAGCUUCGGAAGCUUUGGCUGGACAGGUGACAGAGGACAACUUUGAUAAAGGGCUUAUUUACCCACCGUUCUGCAAUAUAAGGAAGAUAUCAGCUGAAAUUGCUGCUAAUGUAGCUUCCAAAGCGUAUGAAUUGGGUUUGGCUACCCGUCUCCCUCGUCCAGCCAACCUGGUUAAGUAUGCAGAAAGCUGCAUGUAUAGCCCUGUCUACAGAAACUACCGCUGAAUUGUCAUACAAACAUCCCUGCAAAUUUUGUAGCUUCACAGUUACAAAAUUUAUUAGUUGUUUUUUUCUUUACUUUUCUUCCUUUAGCAUAUCUAUUUAUUUUUUGGGGGCAAAGUGGGAGGGGAUUAGUGGGGAAAGGUCAUGAUGUUGUUGAUAGUCUGACUUCAUUAAGGUUGGUUGUAGGCUUGUAGCUUAGAGGUACUGUGAUUAUGACAUUAGAUAGAUAGCCAUGAAUAAGCAUCUUUCAGUGAUAAUUGUUUCUUUUUGUAGAAGGAGCUACAAGUUGCAGUUGGAUGUUGUAUUCUUUUCAUUGUUUAAUGUCAAGGACUGAAACAUUACAGAGAAAUGAGACUGGACUUCAUCUUUUUUUUU